AUGCGCGCUUCCGUCACUUCUGCAACGGCGCUCCUCGCCACCAUGGUCUCUGCCCACGGCAACAUCGUCUCACCUCCCGCCCGCGCGGCCGGUGCGGCCAUGGCCGCAGCCUGCGGAGAGGCAAAUGUCCAGGCCGUGACGACGGACCCUACCAUUCCGCUGGAGGACCUCACCAACCCGCCUGCUACUUGCCAGGUGGACCUCUGUCGAGGCGCAAAGUUCGAGGACAACGCGGCCAACGUGCAGACGUUCAAGCCGGGCGAGGUCGUCCAGAUGAAGGCCGCGAUACCGAUCCCACACGAGGGGCCCAUGAACGUGUCCGUCGUCGACACGGCCACGAACAAGGUCAUUGGCGAGCCGCUCAUCGUCUUCGACACCUACGCCGACGAGAAGCUGCCGCAGCUGCCGGCGAACAACACCGACUUCUCCGUCACCAUGCCGAACCUGCCGGCCGGCACCUGCGCUCAGGGCGGCCAGUGUGUGCUGCAGUGGUUCUGGGUCGGAACGAGCGCGAAGCAGACGUACGAGAGCUGCGUGGACUUUGUGAUGGGCUGA